UGACAGAGACGUCUGAAAUUUAAAAUUGUUUAAUUAUAAUGAUAUAAUGCUAUUCGAUUUCUCCAAUAACACAACUUUCUACAUUUCUGCAACCAUUAGGUGGCAGCAUGAUGAUGCAAUGGCGGUGAAAUUGACUGGUGCAUUACUUAGCCUUAGAGCCCAGACAAGUCAAUAUUAAAACUGUUUCAAAAUUCAAAACUGAGAAAGAACAAACAAUACCAUGUGAACCAGAAGUGCUGAAAACACGGGAGUAGAUGGUAAACGAUUGCACACAACCUUCUAAUCUUGAGUGUACGUACAAGUUAAAUUUGACUGAAUUUAGUAACACCUAAGACUCGGAAAGAGUGUUACAGAAAAAAAGGCAAAACUCCAUGUUCAGGAGCCAGAAGUAGAAAAACACUUGAAAAAAUACGUACUGUCAUGUUUUUUUGUGAAUAAUUCCACUGAAGUUGAACUACAAAGGUGUGACACUUUAAACAAAAAACAACCAGAAAAUAAUCUGAAAAAGAUAAACGUCUUCAUCCAAAAGGUUCAUACUUAAGUCGUACAGACAAGAGUGGUUUGAUACCAAAGAUUAUGUCUGGGUGUCAUAAAACUGAGUCUUUAUGCUCAUUUGAUCGGGAUCAAAGAGUAAGACCUUAUUCUUUGAAAUGGUCAUCUUUACAAGAAGGACAUGAGGUUAGAUCAUAUACUCCUGGUAGUCCAGAUUUAUCACAUGACAGCUCUUCAGAUAAUUCUUCUAUUUUAGUACAUUCCCAGGAAGAUAUCACUUCCGAUUUCAAUUUUGUUUACACUUACUAUUUUGAGAAAACAGAUGCUUUUGCUACAGUAGAACAAGAUUAUGAAAAAUGUGGGAUGAAAAAUGUAGAUGAUUCAGAAGAUGAUUUGGAUCACAUCAAAACUCACUCCCAGUCACCUCCUGUUAUAAGGAAUACUUGUCAACUUAGCCAUCUUACAUCUUUGGACAUAGAUAAUAUAUUUGAAAAGGCUGGAAAUUUUGUAGAGUACAAAAUCAAUAAUAGUUCAUCUAUGAAACCCUCUCUUCAGAAACAAAAACACAACGUAAGAAGUGAAGCUGAUGAGUUAGAUGUCAUAGCAAGACCUUGCAGGAGGACUUAUUUUUCAAAAGACCAUCGCUCAUCCUACAAAAAUGUUAUACCACACUAUAAAUCUGUUGAAGUUAAUGCAUACAGCCAGCCUGAUGAUAACCCUUGUACAACACCUGCUCGUGAUCGUAAAAACCUCCAUUGGCACCUGAGUGAGGAAAGCCUGCAAGAUGAAAGUUCAUCUUUGGCUGAUAAAAGUCCAUACCUAGACUUUGUCAAUCAAUCAUUUUGUGAAAAAUGGAUUCCAUAUACGAAUCUACCCUGGUACAACAGUGAAACAUUGAUGUCUCUUGAGCCAAGGAUCGAUGUCAUUGACACUCACUGCCAUCUUGAUUUUCUGUUUCAACGGAGUGGCUUUAAGGGAACAUAUGCCGAGUACCAGUCAGUCAAUAAAGACACGUAUCCGAUCUGUUACGGUGGUUGCAUAACAAACUUUUGUGAUCCCAGCACAUUUGGGAUGCCAACACUGUGGCAAGAUGUGUUAAAAGAUGAUAAAAUAUGGACUGCUUUUGGAUGUCAUCCUCGCAUGGCCGAACAGUAUAAUCCUGAAAUUGAAAUGCACCUGAUCGGAGCUCUACGGCACGACAGGGUGGUUGCCUUGGGAGAAGUUGGUUUAGACUACUCUCCAAAGAACUCUUGUGAGCGAAAGAUUCAACGUAGCACACUUCGAAAACAACUGAAGAUAGCUGUUGACCGUCAUAUCCCUGUUGUGAUUCACUCCAGAGAUGCUGAUACGGAUUGUAUCAAAAUUCUGAAAGAGGAAGUACCUUAUGACCACUUCAUUCAUCGACAAUGUUUCACUGGCGACUGGAACGAGGCUCGUAUGUGGUUAAACACGUUUCCCAAUCUCUACCUAGGCUUAACUGCUUUGGUCACUUACCCUUCAGCCGUAGAUAUCCAUGAAGUUGCUCGUAAAGUUCCUCUGGACCGCCUGCUUAUUGAAACAGAUGCACCCUAUUUUCUACCCAGAUUGGCACCUCCAGAGAUGAUGUGGUCACAUCCUGGGUUGGUGAUCCACGUGGCAGCUCAGAUUGCUGAACUCAGACCAACAACUUCUCUUAACGACGUUCUGGAAAUUGUCCGUAAGAACACGAGGAGAAUUUAUGGAAUAUAGUGUUAUUCUGUUGAGUCGUUCCCAGGUUGAAUAUGCUAACCGAUAAUGAAAGCUUGAAAAAUGCUGUUCUUUGGUGAGUUUCUUAAGAUGCGUGUUUUAAGGACAGUUUAUUGAAAUACAUAUUUAAAGUGUUCAUUUUUAUUGUCUUGUUAUGUAGGACAGAUGUAUGAGGGUUAUCUAAAACAAAUAUGGUAGAUUGUUUGAAAAAACAACUGUUAAUGUAUCUAGCUAAGAACAAAAUACUUUAAAAGUGUUAUAAAUUUUGAUUUCAAACUGUAUGACAAUACUGUGUACGUUAGUUUUCUGUUAAUGUUUUUAUUAUGUACCCAAUUUUUGAUAAAUAUCUUUGUUUCUGUUGUCAUUCCAUAUCCAAAACCAUGUGAUAUUGUUAGCUUUAAUGUAAAUGUUUUUAAAA